UGCGGCCGUUUUAAGUGUUUAACACAGAACCGGAAAUCGUUUUGUUCUUGUUGUGACGCGUCGAGACGCGCGAGCUGUGAGGAGGAGCAGGUGAUCAGUUACUAUGGCAGUUCCCACUGCAUUAACAGUAAAUUAUACUAGAAUACAGACAUUAACAUCAUAUUUUCAGCACUGUUGGCGAUCAAAACGAUGGAUUAACCUGAAAACAGUCAACCGGAGAAGCCCUUUUUGUCAGUCUCUAGAAAGAUACGUUGCCACUGUGGUCUCAGGGACAGAACUUGCUCGGCAGAUCCAUAAAGAAAUCCAGAGUGAUAUAACUAAACUAGUGGCCCAAGGCAACAGGAGACCUCAUCUGAGUGUUAUCCUGGUGGGAGAUGAUCACGCCAGCCACACUUAUGUGAGAAACAAAACCCGAACGGCUUCGCAGCUUGGCAUGUCAAGCAGUACAAUCUUCAGGCCAUCAUCAGUAUCUCAGGAAGAGAUGUUGGAAUUGAUCGACAAAUUCAACAGAGACAAAAACAUCAGUGGGUUGCUGGUCCAACUCCCUCUUCCAGAGCACAUCAACGAGAGAGCCAUAUGCAAUGCUGUCGCCCCAGAAAAAGAUGUCGAUGGAUUCCACAUAGUAAACAUUGGGAAACUCUGCUUGGACCAGAGGUGCAUGGUGCCGGCCACAGCAGCAGCAGUGUGGGAAAUCAUCAGAAGAACGGGCAUUGAAACAGUUGGAAGAAAUGUGCUUGUAGUUGGACGCUCCAAGAAUGUUGGAAUGCCUAUUGCAAUGCUUCUGCAUUCGGAUAGAAACCAUGAACGGCCAGGAGGUGAUGCCACAGUUAUCAUGGCUCAUAGAUGCACUCCUCUACCACGACUGAAGGAACUUGCCAGUCUGGCUGACGUUGUGAUUGCAGCUGCAGGUGUGCCUCACUUAAUAACGGCAGAUAUGGUAAAAGAGGGAGCUGCGGUUAUUGAUGUCGGCAUCAACCGCAUGCAGGACCCUGUCACUGGUAAACUUCGUCUUGUUGGAGAUGUGGAUUUUGAAGCUGUGAAGGAGAAGGCUGGAUUCAUCACUCCCGUGCCUGGAGGAGUUGGCCCAAUGACCAUAGCCAUGGUGAUGAAAAACACAGUCACUGCUGCCAAAAAUGCCCCAACAUACUGAACAAACACAAAACCUGCCAUUAUAGGUGGACAAGAUGCAAGCACUUCACAGUCUGGAUAUUUUAAUUGGCACUAUUUGGCCGUAUCUUGAUUAUAAACGCAAGCCCCUGCAAGCUUCACCUACAACUUCCUUCCCUGCCCAUCAGCAAGCUGUAACAGGCUCUUCUAGCUGGCUCGGCAGCCAUGCAUGUCUAUGACAGUAACUACACCCUAAUUCUUUUCUUACCUCUGGUAUGAUUAGAGGGAUGCCUCCUCACUGAUUCUAAGAAGCUGUUGCCUUUGCUACGGUGUUAUUAUUUUGUUGAAAAAAAGGCUAGAAAAAUGGUUUAUUGUGCAAGUGUAAUAUUCCCCCCCUGACAAUGCAUCAGUGAAGAUGGAAGUCUUUUACUUACAUCAUCCUGACAGGAGAGUUUCGGUAGCACUUGAUAGGCUGCUCAACAGGUGGCCUCAUGGCAGGUUCAUGGAUGGUUCUCAGAUAUCCGACCGAUAAAUCUGUUGACAGUUAUGGAUACGGGAGGUAUUAAGGGACAUUAACACAUUUUCUCAGGAAAUUAUUUUAAUAAUCAAUGUCACUUGAAUUCAGAACAAAAAAAAAAGCAAAAAAUAACACAAGGAUGCUGCUGUAUUAUAUUUAUUUAUUCAUUUACCUAUUUAUGUCAUUAUGUAUACAUAUUGUUUACUAUGCACAAACGUGUUUUUUGUUAAACUAGUUUUUGUAUAUAUAGCUCGUAUUUAACAUUUUUAUCGCCAUAAAAUAUUUGAUAAUAUUUAUAUUUUUUAUUUAUUAGUGUGAUUUAUGUUAUCAAACAGUUUCGUUAUCAUUUUUGCAUUUUGGGUCCUUUAACUGCCAAUAAAAAAACAAAACCAAACAAACAUUGAAUUAAAUAUAUCUGAUGCUUCCCUAUGAAAUUUCAUAUGGUGGGCGUAUAUUUUGCCCUAUAAAAAGGCUGUGAAACAUGAAAAUGAAUUGAAAGUAUUGUCAAAGUAAUUUGUGCCACCUAUGUGCUUCUUCUAAGUCUUCUUAAGUUAUACAAUAUAAUAACUUUGUAUAAGGAUCAGACCAGAAAUUUAAGUCAAAAUUCAGGAAUGGCACACAAAAACCAUGACGCUUGGCAUCAUUGACGUCAAACGUGACAUGUCUUAACGUGUAUAAUUGAGAAUGUGACUGAGAUUUCUGAGAUAUGGGAAAUUGUCUUCUUUUAUAGUGCUUUUUAUUUACCUUUUUUGAAUGAAAGAGAUCAAACUCAGAUAUUCUGACUAACAUGAGGGUGAAUAAAUGACAGAAUUUUCAUUUUGUGUUUUGUGGGCUUUUGUGUAGCUAAAAAUAUGACUUCAGGAAUCUUAUACCUGUAUGUGACCAUAAAAUACAUGAGAUUCUUAUUGCGAUUAAAUAACUGCUCAAAAUGUUGGUUGUGUACAGUGAGAAGCUGUGUAUGAAACUGUAUUCCUUAAGGAAACUAUGGUUUCACUUUAUUUCCAUGGUCCACUUUAGACAGUCUACUAACUAUAAGUAACUUUUUAAUUACAUG